AUGAAGCAAUUUGAACAAACUAUUCGCCGGCGCGGAUGCGAAGAAAAAACAAUUUUAAACAAUUUAUGCUAUGGACAGUGUCGUUCGUUUUACAUUCCGUAUGGCAGAAAAACCUUUGAAUCUUGCUCCACUUGCACUCCCGUUUCUUCUAAGAUUAAUACUGUAGUGUUAAACUGCCCCCAAAGAAACCCACCAAUUCGAGUCGUUAAAAAAGUUAAGAUUAUAACAUACUGUAGUUGCCGUGUAUGUGGUAAGAAGUAUUCAUGAACUGCAUGCAGCGGACUGUAACGAGCCACUGAGCAAAUUAUUGAUGUCUCAUUAGAACAGCGCUGUAUUAUAUCUGUACUAUAUGUCCUCAACAAAACACAUUUGUACAUCACCACAAAACAAACAUAAAUAGUAAGUUUUUUGAGGGUAUUUUCUUAGGGUAAAUUAAAUCUUGGUUCGGUUGACCCUUGUUACCCCAUGAAUUAUAAGCGUCGUUACUCCAUCUGUGUGCGCCAGCUUGUAGGAGAUAACUAUUCCUAAACAUUGUCGGAAAACAAGCAAUAGUGUAUUUCCCACACUUACACUUUUUGAUUGAUUUGUUCUAUUCCAAAAGAAAGACAUGUCUGGGUAAUUUCAUCUACGACGGGUAACUCACAUUUCCAUCACGCACCCAGCGGUGGUGUAACAACGGCGCUAUACUAGCCAAUCCCCUCCCUGUAUAAAGGGCCAGUGGCAGAUCCAGGGGACUAACCCUUUUAUGAGUGAAUCGCAACCAGAAACUCAUAAGGGGUUCAACCCCUUAUGAGUUUCUGUCUCAACUGAAUGCAUCCCUUGAAAGUAUUCAGUCUUUGGAGAAACUUUAUCUACUUGUUUGGUAUGAAAGACUGGAGUAUCUUCAUUGCACGUAUUUUUUUUCUUUUUCUUUCAACACUUUAAGUAUUCAACCCAACUGUAUGUUCAAUCUCCAGCAUGCAUAAAAAAAGUUUGUACACGUUUACACGCCAGCGUUAACCCCAAGAUAUUUAUUUUAAGUACAAGUGGUAGGAACAUAUUGUAAUCUUUCACUCGUUCUUGGCGCAUAUUCGUGAGAUAUUGCAGUUAUUGUUCUACGUUUGCACUAAGUACUACGAGCGACUGGGAAAGUUAAUCGUAAUAUUUGGGGAGAGAUAAGAGUAGAUCGUUCUGAUUAUAUCAGCUCAUUUCCGAGUAUUGACGGAAGCCUUUCUAAAUUCGUAAGAAUUAUUCGUAAAUCCAGUUUCUAUUUAUUUACUAAAACCUUGCGAACAUUAUAUUUUUCUCUAGUGAAUCUAUACUAUUUUACUUUUUUUCUGUUUGGGCCUCUACUUACAAAGCUUACCUUAUUCGUCUUGAUUAUGUGUACAAAUGAAUGUGUGGUAAAUAAAGGCACUUCUUCUUCUUCUUGUAGAUAAGUUUCUCCCAAGACUGAGUUGAUAAGCGCGAACCUUGUUGUACAAUUAAAGAAUUAGUCGUCAUCACCCGAAUAUAAGUUUAUUUUAAAACAAACGUUAUUUAGGCUUGAUUAAAACCAAAUGCUUCUUAUUAUUCUUUAAAAAAUUCUUUCACUUCUCUUCCAAAGACUGAGUGAAGGACUGGGGAUGAGUAUGAAGUCCGCAAGGUAUUAUGGUCUUUGUGUUUCACAAGACUUUUGUAUCGAUCGACCGGUUCUUCCUUCUUGCGACAUUCUCUUUCGCUGUUUUCUUCCUUGAAUCUCAACGAAUAGUCCGAUGGAGGUCUUGCGAUGCUUUAACUGUGAUCAUACAGGAAGAAGGCAUGAGGAUUUCUUCAAUAUAACUAAGAUUCAUCCAUCUUUUGCGGAGAAAGCGAGAGGGCACGAAACAGGCCAAGACGAAUCUGUAAAAGAAAACACUUAUCUUGUUUGCUGUGAUUGUGUUUACGACCGACUUCAGGAGUGCCAGAGCUGUUUAAAAAAAGCCCCUCUGUGUAUGUUUAAAAUUGCAGAGUGGUUCGGUGACAAGAAAACUCGCAACUGCAUCGAUUGUGCAGCAAAGUUUGAGGCUCAAGGGCUAUUUCAGACAGGCUAUCAUUCCAGUGUCAUCAUUCGCCAGUGCUCAGUUUGUCGACAUUUUAAAUAUUUACCCUCGUUCAUCAGCUGGCGUAAGCACAAACCUCACGAUACGUUGAAGGAUUGCUUCGAGUGCCAACUUCGCCGAGAUAUCGCACAGUACAAGAGAGAAGUUCGAAAUCGAUACGAGGAGAAACUUCAACAGGAACCGGCUUUGGGUGAUGACAACAAAAGUUUAAGGACAGGUGUUGGCAAUGAAACCGUUUCGCAACAGGGAGCAACGUACGCGUCAGUUGUUACAAACGGAUUUACAGAUACGCAAUCAUCUGCUUCAUCAUGCAAAAAUGGCCGGAUACGAACUAAGGAAACAACACAGCAACUGCAAUUGAACGCUAUAAAUGAAACGGGACUUCACAAGGGAAAAUGUAUCAGCACCGGCUUAGACGGUAAGCGCAAGUGCAUAUUAUAUUUGCAGGUAUUUUAGUUUUGACCCCGUGUUCUUGUCUAGAUGAGUUCGUUAUUUUAUGAUCAGAUAAUAGUUGCAUCUCAAAACGGUACGUUUCCACUGUUCCUUUUUCAAGCGGAAACAACAUACAUGUCAGUUGAUCCAGAAUGGUUUGUCUGGUGAUGAAAGUAUUUCAGUUUGUUUCUGUUGUCAAUCAAUAUUUAUCAUUACCAAUGCUGAUGUUUGAAUUAAUACAUCAACUUAAGUGUCUAUUGGUCCCUCAGGUCGCCUUUCCUGUGCUGUGUAAUCCAUUUAUUCUUGUUUAUAUAUUUUUUUUCCGAUUUGCUAAAAAUGAUUACUUUUGUCAGAAACUAGAGACAAAAAUUAUUUUUUUGAAAGUUGAGUGCAGCGUGCAAAGAAAGUAGUGUCCGAUAGCCCGGGGCUAGUGGAUUUUGCUAUCGGGCUAGUGAAUUCUGUUUUUAACUUGCCCGACGGGCAAGUGAUAUUUUUUUAGGAGUUUGAAUAGCAGAAAUACUGUAAUCAAUCCUGCUCAUCAAAUUUUUUUCGGGCUAGUUGAAAUGACUUUCGGGCUAGUACAUGUUAGCUACAGCUUGCCCGAAUGGCAAGCUGCAAAACUGACUUUCUUUGCACCCUGUGAGUGAGAAAAGCCUGGGAUACCGGUAUUGUACAUAAAAGAGAAAAAUGCAUGCCUCUUUGCACUUACUAUUAACUGUUUUUGAUUAUUUGAUACAUUGUUGUGAAAGUUAAUUUUACUGUAGUGAACUUGCCAAUUUUACAUGUACCUGUAAGUCAGAUGUGUGUAAUUUCGUAUCCACAUCAGAUGAACUCCUGAAUGGUGCCGAAGACGUUCUGACCACUUACUAACAUUAGUGAAAUGCCAAAUCUUGGCGCCCCUUUCCGAGAUCAUGCAUAUCUAUUCUUGGCAAGAUUAUCGAGAUGAGGUAUCAUAAGAUCUUGCCGAGAACACAAAUGUCUUGGCAAUGUCGCGUUAGUGGUUACGUUAGUGGUUACAGAGCAAGUAGUCUGGAAUAGUGAGUUAUGCUUGUGAAAUUGUCCUGCAUGCAUGUGAUUGAUGUUUUUGAUCCAUGGGCCUGUGAGACAUGCAUAAUUUGCAUGUGAGUUGACAGGUAUACUGUAGGAAUUUUGCUAUGUCAUGAUUAUAGUGCAAGCAUGACUGAAGCAUCAUAGCUAGUUUAGAGUGAUGGAUUAAAAUAAUCGUACUUUCCUUAAUAGUACUUUUUGCCCACUCCCCCGUAACAGUUUUGCACAUUUUUGCCCAUUAUUUAGCUAAAGGAAUUUAUUUCAGGUGGUUGACCAUUAGAGGUUACACAUGUACAUAUUUACCCAGGGGUUAUUUUAGUCGUAUAUUUUGGUAAUAAGCAUUUCUUGCUCUUAAUUAUGGGUAGUCCUGUUUUCCCCAGUCAGAAAAAUCUUGGUCCCAAAUGGAAACAAGUAUACAGUAUCUUUGAUUCAAGUUUAAGGCCCUGUUGGUUUGUUUUUGUUGAGUGGUACCAGAAACCCAUAAGGGGUUGAAACGUGUAACUCCCGUUCAAUGCUCGUGAAUAUUCGUUUUGACCAUAUUUGGAAAUCUUAGUGACGGAUAUCCAUUUUCAACAAAAUGGCUGCUGCGCGAUCACCGUGCAGAUGUUUUAAGACAAGAGUUUUGCAUUUCAAGGUUAAAAAUGCACCGUUAAAAGACAAAAAAUGGAAAGAGAAAGUUCAAAAGAAUGGUCAGCUUUCUUUUUGUGGAGAAAGGGAAGCUUUUCAUCAAGAAAUCGUCCUUCGAGGAAUUCAACCUUGUUUUCUUCACGGCGGAGCCCGUGGUCUGUUUUGAAAUGCAACCAAGUCAGUGAAGUUUUUGCUGAAUUUUCAGGUACAUUUUGCACUCUAUGGCCAAGACAAUUACGUUUAUGAAAGGGAAUCUAUGUAUUUUUAAAUGUUUCAUAGACGUUUUAUAAAUUUUUCUCUUCGGCGCUAAAGAAAAAUUACAAAAUGUGCCCUGAUUUGAGAUGGAUUUUGUGUUGAAUCUUGCCAUGUGCUUUAAUAGCCGAUUUCACUUGCGUGAACGGAUCCACGAUCCAGAUAGUGUUUUCCGAAUUGCUUUAAAUGAUUAACUUUUUGGACUUUGAAUAAAAAUUUUCAAGAAACGGCUUCUCUGUCUAUUGUUUUGAGUUUGUUCAUUCAUAAAAUUAGCUCAAAACACGAUCGUGUCUACAACAUAUAAGGUUAAUUUAAACUUUUAAAAUGCUUCUCACAUUCAUUACAAGCAUCACUUUUUGCGAAGAUGUCAGGUUCAGGUUUUGGACACUUUCGAUACGCAGCUAAUGAAUUUUAUUCGAAAAUAUUUUUCACUGUUUAUUUUAGACUUUUAAAUUUGCAGUAUAAGUUUACCGUGCAGAGGGUCAACGAGGCAUCGUUUUUUGAAGUGACAACUUCAAGAAGUUGCGAGGCCGUCAAUGGGUUUCAUAAUGUUACGUUUGGCCCGGGUGGUGAGGCAAUAAUAUCCUGCUCAUUGUUUCGGUAAUAUUCCUGGUUUCAACCUUUGAAAGCUUUCUCGGCUUUGAAAACUUUCCCCCGUUUGUCGGCCAUUUUUUUAAGCGGGCGCGGGAACCUGAAGGAAAAUUACGUCACGUUGUUUACGAAGUUUGAUUGGUCAGUUAUCUCUUCUUCUCGUUCCAAAUAUGGUACUUUCGAAAAUGAAUAAUCACGAGCAUCGGACAAAGAAAACAUAUGAGAGUUACACGUUUCAACCCCUUAUGAGUUUCUGGUGGUACUUAUUCUUGGGUAAUGCAAGUCCUGGUUAAAAUUUACCAAUCCUAAGGUUUGUUACCAUCUGCCUAAACUAUGAAGUAACUGGUUUUGCGUAUGUAACUGUUUAACAAUCAUAAUGUUUUAAGAACAAAAAUAAAGUAAAAUAAUAAUAAAUAAAAAUAAAGUAGUUGAAUAUUGAUUUUGUGGGGAUAAAUUUACAGUUAGUACAGGUAAAAGACAAAUACAGGGUUUCUGAUCUUUUGCGCAGUCACGGAGCCGCAAAAUUCAGGUAAAUCCGCGAAAUCCCGCUAAAUUCACAAAAACACGAAAAAUACCGUGAAAUUCAGUAGAAAUCUUAUCAUACAUGUCUGUACAACAUAUUUGAAACUUAUUUCAGCUAUAGGGGCUAUUAUUUUACUUGCCGUAAACUUGCAAAUUUGUCUUGGAACUUCGUCACUGAAACGUGCAAACAACGUCCCGAAACUACCAGGCAUAGAUUUUGUUGCGAAAAACUGGGCACUAGCUAUGAUGUUAAAGGCUUUGCCAUUGGUUCAUUUCUGGAGCAUAUUGUUGUUGAAAGAGCAAAUGAUAACCUCUGUGAAAAAAACUUUAAAAAUGCUGGUCAGGAAGCAAAACCGAUCAAUUUCUAGCAAAAUUUGCCUUGAAAAUAAUCAUAAAAUUGGCUGUUUUUUACUGAUUGCUUUUUGGUGAAGUUUGCCCUGAAAACUCCCACGAAAUCGCCUGAUUUUUCCGCGAAUUUGUCCCUAAAAAUCCCGCGAAAUUUGACUGUUUCUUGCACGCCCUAUCAAAAGCCCUGCAAAUACAACAAUCAUUUUUGUUAUGUAAUUUUUGCCGAAGGUUUUUGCUAGUUUCAUGCCCUCCCUCUUUUUGACAUUGUACUGCAGAAUCAUUCUGUGCAAAGGUGCUUCAAGCUCUCAAAACUUCAUUUAGCCAGUUGGAGGAAAAAACCAAACUAGAACUUCAGCUUCUCCAAUCUAACCCUCAAUUCUGGAACACUGCACUGCGAGAUAAACUUCUCCGAGUUUCCCAGCUGUUUUCCAGUCAGGCAACAGACCAGAUCCAUUUCAAUGAUGCUGAGUCUCGCUGGGCCUAUCUUGGUACCUAUACAGCAGCCCAUGCCACCCUUGUGCAAGCCACCUUCACUUCAGGUCGAUUUGAACCUUUGACAGAGUUCAUAAAAAACAGUCACAGUAAAGAAAGGUCAGUAGUUAGUAAUGGUAACGGGACUGAGUGGAGUCCAAUUCGGUCUGUAAUCACACGAGUGAUUAAACAAAUCGGACGACCGCUUAGCGGGAGUCUGAUUUGUUUAAUCACGAGUAUGAUUACAGACCGAAUUGGACGACACGAAGUUCUGUUACCAAUUAAUCAUAACUUAAACAAAAUUUGUGAUAUAUUACAAAAAUAAGCUAUUUUUUAAAUCAAAACGUAAGAAAUUCGAAAUUUUGUUUCGCUAGCAGUGAAAAAAAAAGCCAUUUAAGAGCGCACGUGAUGGCACGUACUGUCCAGUUACUUAGGCAUGACGCGUACUGUGCUAUUAAACUGUCCAAUUAAGGCUGAAAUCAGGGCAGUUGAUAGCCAAUCAGAUUUGACAAUUUUGUUAUAGUUAUGAUUACAAAAGUAAAAGGUGAACACUACAGAAUUCUCUCAAUAGUGAAGUGGAUUAUGCAUUUCAUUUUCCUAAUUCUUAUUUACUGGGUAUAGCGAUUUAUCCUUUGAACAUUGCUUCCCAACUUUUCAACAAGUUGAUAAAUUACUGAAGUUUUAGCUACUUUAUGCUCUUAAUGUACAUGUACAAAAAACAUGAAUUAGGCAUAUCAUACAAAAGCCAAAUCCAAUAAUUUUUUUGAAUUUUUCAUUCAAAAUAUUUCAGACAUAAAAAGAUGCUUACCACAAUCAAUGCAAAGUUCUUGUCUUCAAUUGACUACAUGUAUGCCUCUGCAAAUUGAGAUUAUAAUAAUUAUUAUUAAAGGAAUGUUUAGUCAGCAGAUGUCAAAUAGCAUCAAUAAUAAUAACAUUAUCAACAAACAUCAAGUGGUACAUAUAUUGUAUUUUAGCUAUUUUGCUAUUGUGAUGUUUUUAGGGAGUAGUUUGACCAUAUCUUCCUUGCAAAAUGUUAAACAUUCACCGUUUGCAAGCUCUACCAAAACAACGUAGGUACCCUGUCUUUUGCAGUCCCUUUUCCUGUCAAUCUUCUGUUUUAUUGUAGGUCAGUAUCUGAAAAUGUCAUCCAAAUUUGUUAAACAGUAGCUGAUUAUGAGAAAAAAGCUAGGGGAUUGAGCCAAUCAGAAACAGAGAAAUCUUUUGAGUUAAUGAUUACAGCCUUAAUGAAGUUGGUUAACUUUGGUGUUUAUUACAUUAAUUUUGCAAAUCGAUUCUUAGCAAAGCUGAAUAUUUUCUUAGUGAUACUAAGUAUGUUGUGCUGUUAUAGCCAAAUUCAUUGUACUGCGCUGAGUUUUUUGCAAACUUCGAAGGAAUUUUGGAUUUUUCUGUUCCGUCAAUCAUCUUAGCGGACCUCGUAGGAAACACAUGUUUACUUGCGAUUGGUGUAUUUUGAUCCACUUUGUUUGUUUCUGUGUUUCAACUUUCGCUGCUUGUGAUCGCCCUGUUUCGCGCAAGAUUGACUAUGUUUCUUCGAAGCUUUUUAUGAUCUUUGUUAUUCUUGUCUCUUGCAAGAAUAAAGCAAUGUCUGCCUCCUGCCCUCAACAAAAAUUCUACUCAUCAUCGUGAUUUCCUUCGCUAUUCUUGAGCCAUUUAGGGUCAUUCUCAGGCCAAGCUGGGCGAGUGCGUUGCAUUAUGAUUUGCAUUAACUCCACCCCCACUCAAAUGAUUGACAGAACAGAAAAACCCAUUCGAAGUUUUGAAACAUGCCUUGCGAUACAACGAAUUUGGCUAUAAGUACAUUGUACCAAGAAUAUCUGUUGCAUUUAUAGAAAGGAAAAUUCAGGAGGCCUAAACAAGGAAGGGCAAAAUACUUGGCUGUCAAGAACAGUGAAAUCUUAAGAACACUUUCUAGUAUUUAGCAGUGGUAGUAGUAGUAGUCAUUGUCGUCAUGGUCAAUACCGCCUCCACCUUUGUUGUUAUCAUUAUCUUCACUUAAUUUUUAUGCAAAUUAAAGAGCAGCUUGAGAGUUUUGGCACUAGUAUUUAGUAGAAAUCCACUUUCACUCUCCCUACUUUGUAGGUUACAUGUCUGCUGUCUUGGUGCGGGUCCUGGCAGUGAAAUUCUAGGUCUUCAUCAACUUUUUCCAUCGAACACUGAGUGGAUGCUUUUGGAUAAUUGUGAGCAAUGGUAUUACACAGCACAGAUUCUACUGCAUGAUGUGUGUGAUGUACCCUUCCGUUAUGGUACUUUUGAUAUUUCUAAUGGUCAUGGGCGGAGCAAUGUAGGAGACCUGGGAUUAACAGCUAACUAUGCUUUUAAAAAGGUGAGUGUUCCUUCUCUGGUAGUAGUGGCUUGUGGGGGAUUUCCGUAAGUCAGUUUUGAAGCCUUUGCCUGCUACAGCUGUAUCAAAAUUGUUUAAUACCGUAAAACUCUGAAAAUAGGCCCCUCCAUGUAUAAGUCCCUCCAAGUAUAAGCCCCCCAAAUGGGUAACGCAAAAAACCCUCCAAAUAUAAGCCCCCUGGGGGGCUUGUACUUGGAAAAUUGCCCUCAAAUACAAAGUAAAACAAAGCAAAAACAGUAAAUUUACUUCCAACUACAUGGCUAGCCCAAUCAAUUUUGAAAGGCAAAUUUCCCUCCGUAGAUAAGCCCCUCCGAAUAUAAGCCCCUCCAAAAAUAAGCCCCUCAAAAAGGGCCUUUGAAAGAUAUAAGCCCCGGGGCUUAUUUUCGGAAUUUUACGGUACAUUCCGAAAAAGAGAAUUUGGUCGACCUCUCAAAUAAUGGAUAGAGUACUGCGUACAGUGACCGCAAAGGUCACGGUUUCAUUCCCAGUCAAGCCUGAAUUUGUUCAGGUUCUUUUUCAACUGCUUAGUUUGUUUAUUCAACUGCGAGGAUCAUAGUCACUUUCAGCUUUAACAUAACCAUGAACCUGAUAGAGGGUACAUUAAUUACUUUUUCCCUUUACUGAUUUCAAGCCAAGUUACUCCUGUUGUCCAGACUUUUAUGUUGUAAAAUUGUUGAUUGCUUAAGCCUCAAAACCACCAAAUAAAUUACAGUGUCACACAUAACUUUUGAAAAAGAAUAGAGUGCAAGUCAUUAAUAUGCUCUUUUUUCCCUUUCACCAGGCCAAGUUAUUUCUCUUGUCAAAGUUUGUCUCUGCUGUUCAGAAUCUUCCUGGAGCAUUCAAAUAUCUUUUAGACAUUCUCAAGAGAGCUGCACCAGGCACCUUGUUUCUCUUUGUGGACAAUGCUCACAUCCAAACAAAAACAUUUAUCGAAGAUUUGGUGUUUCCUUCAAGAGACAGCAAAGAAUGUGAGGAGUACAAGGAAAAUGAAUCGUUUAGGCUGUACACUACUUAUGCUGAAUUAAACUCUGAUCGUGAAGAGGGCUUGAAGUCUCUGGCAGUGUGCGAGUGGGUCAGUCUAAUCAGUUAUUGGUUGGACAGACAUCCUAUAUUGGACCUAAGGGUCAAUGUACAUUUGGCAGUAAAAAAGAGGUGAAAAGUUGUGGGGUAACAAACACAAAAAGAACAAAAACAAAAAACAAAAACAAAAAUUGGAAGAAAACACCAGAGAUAUUAUAUUAUUAUGUGGAAUAUUGUUAUAUUGUUUUAGCUCUUCACUGACUUAUUUUAUUUUUAAAAGGUUUUGGUUUUUAUAUUAACUACAUUUGCUGGUGGAACCAAGUAGAAAAGAAAGAUGCAUGUAUAUGUAUUAUGUGUAUGUCUUUUGUGUCUUGUACUGGCAAGAAUAUUGGCCAAAGCGGAAAAUACCAUAAUAUUCUUUAAACUGCCAUUUGGGUUGUGCUUCAUGUAAAGUAUAUUUUGUUCUGUACAUGAAAU